AUGGCUAGUGGACAUGCCACAGCAUCACUACCAAGUUUUUAUUGUUAUAAAUGUGAUCAACAUAUUGUACCUAUUGUGAAUUCAAAAUGUCCCAACUGUAAUGAAGGAUUUAUUGAAGAGGUUGCAGCUGUCCAACAAGUACCAGGAAGGCCUAGACAACAUAUGUUAGGAACACCAUUUGGACUUAGUCAAACCAUCUUUGUCGGCGGAAUGCCUUCCGAAGGCGCAGGAAACGGAUUUGAACAAAUGCUUCAAACAUUCAUUCAUCAAAUAACUGGAGGAUCGGCCGAAAAUAUACCAUUCAGAAAUAUCAUUAUGCAACCGGGUAGUGGCCUAUCAAAUCAUCAAAAUCUCUACAUUCCUUACGCAAUUUUUAAAUCAAUUUGA